AUGGAUGACGACGGAUUUCAGACUGUCCAGCACGGGCGCAAGAAGAGCCGCCGCCAGCAGCAGCCGCCGCAGCCGCAGCAGCAGCGCGGCCCACCACAGGGUCGUGGCGGCCCACCACAAGGUCGCGGUGGUCGGCCCCCAUUUGGCCGCGGCCGCGGUCAAGGCCGAUACGGCCAGCCGGGUGGGCCACCCCCAUCUGGUGGAAUGGGCCUGCCCCCAGCAACACUGGGCAGCGGACCCCCAGGCAUCGAGCCCCCUUACACCGUCUACGUUGGCGGCCUCCACGACGAUUUCGUGGAGAGCGACAUGCAGUUCAUCUUCCCCGAAAAGAGCGGCUUCCAGGUGGCCUCUGUGCGCAUGAACCGCCACCGCGACACCGAUAAGUUCAAGGGCUCCUGUUUUGUGGAGUUUAAGGAUCGCGAGAGCCUCGACAAGGCGCUUGUCUUGAAUGGCCGCCUGACGAGCGAAAAGUGGGGCAACCGUCCCCUCAAGAUCGACCUUGCUGGUCCCGGCAGGAACCGCGGAGGUCGUCGUGGUGGUGGUCCCCCACAGCACGGUGGUCGCGGUCCACCACCCCAUAUGGGCGGGCCACCACCGCCGCACGGGGGUGGACACCGCCAUCGGGGUGGCUUUGAGCAACGUGGCGGCUUUGAGCAACGCGGUGGCUUUGAGCAACGUGGUGGCUUUGAGCAACGCGGCGGCUUUGAGCAACGUGGUGGCUUUGAGAGGCGCAGUGGCGGUGGAUUCAACAGGUACAGCGGCGAGCGGCGGCAGGGCCCACCCGCGUUUGAGCGCUCCCGUCCUCCUCCCGCCAACCCCGACAUCAACCCGGCCGCACCGCCCGCACGUCAGUUUGCACCACGCUACUCAGCUUUUCUGCGUUCUCCUACCCAAUUGCCACAACUUGUGCGCCUUUGUCGCAGGCAACCUGCCUUGCCCUGCUGA